AUGUCAGAAGAAAAUACCCUCCCAAAUACCCAACCAGAGGAAGAGUUUAUUCAAAACGAUGAGGUCGAUCAAGAAAUUGUUCCUAUGAAUGACACUGACGCCCCACCAGAAGAUGAUGACGAUAUGGAUGUGGAAAAUGAAACUAUCGAAAUUGACAUGUCCAAUAACUCAAGUACAUACUUUGACAAGCACACUGAUUCUGUGUUUACCGUCGCACAUCAUCCUACUCUACCAUUAGUUGUAACCGGUGGUGGUGAUAACGUGGCACAUCUGUGGACAUCACAUUCUCAUCCUCCAAAAUUUGCAGGUACCAUUAACGGACACACUGAAUCUGUUAUUGUAGCAUCUUUUACCAAUAAUGGUAAAUUCUUAGUGACUGCUGAUAUGAAUGGUAAAAUUUCGGUUCACUUAGGUGUCAAGGGCGGUUCUCAAUGGAAACCAGCCUCAGAGUUAACUGAAGUAGAAGAAGUUGUGUGGUUAAAGUGUCAUCCAACUAUUGAUAACAUUUUUGCAUUUGGUGCCACAGAUGGUUCCGUUUGGUGUUAUCAGAUCAAUGACAAGGAUGGUUCUUUAGAACAAAUAAUGAGUGGGUUUAUCCAUCAAUCUGACUGUACUACUGGUGAAUUUAUUAACAUCGACAAGGGUGAAAAUACCUUAGAAUUAGUAACAUGUUCCCUAGACAGCACGAUAGUGGGUUGGAAUUGUUACACAGCACAACCAAUAUUCAAAAUAACAAAAUCUGAAAUUAAAGGUUUAGAAGCACCAUGGGUUUCAAUUUCUGUUGCUCCACAAAGACUAACAAACGGUAAUUCAGGUGUUGUUGCUGUGGGAGCAAACAAUGGUGUCUUAGCUAUAGUGAACGCAAACAGCCAAGGUGCAAUUUUACAUUUACAAACCGUUAUUGAAUUAAAGGAAGAUCAAGAUGAAUUGGAUGCAUCAAUUGAAUCAAUUUGUUGGUCCCCAAAUUUUCCACUUAUGGCGGUUGGCCUAGUUUGUGGUGAAAUCCUGCUGUAUGAUACGUCUGUAUGGAGGGUUAGACAUAGAUUUGUUCUAGAAGAUUCAAUCACUAAAUUAAUUUUUGAUAGGGAUGACUUAUUUGCAUCAUGUAUAAAUGGUAAAGUGUAUCAGUUCGAUUCAAAAACAGGUAAAGAAAAGUUCAUAUGUACUGGUCACAAUAUGGGUGUGUUAGACUUUGUUUUAGUACAACCUACUAAUCCAGAUCAGCCAAGAAAAGUAAUUACGGCAGGUGACGAAGGUGUAUCACUUGUUUUUGAAGUUCCUAAUUAG